GGCGCCAGCCAAUCGGACGCUUUUGUCCUUUUGACUCGCGCCUCUCUCGCUCGCCGGCAGCCAGAGCUUCAUCCAACAUGUCGGCCAGCUCCGUGUUCCCCAUGUGUGUGCGGGCGAGCCGGGGCCUCCUGCGGCUCCGGGGCGGCGCGGCGGCCGCCUCCUCCCCGGCCGCGGCCCACAGCGUGCGGAGCCUGUCCUCGGACAAGCCGGCGUCCGGAGCGGGCGGCGCCACGGGCGGCCUGGCCCAGGCGAUCCUUCAGGAGAGGCUCCAGCAGCAGAGUCAGGGUCAGUCUCCUCCUGAGGGAGCGGAGGGAGAGAAGGAGGGAGAAAAGAAGGAGGACAAGAAGCAGAAUGAAAACACGGCCUACGCCAAGAAGAUAGUCCUACGGUUGGCAGGACUCAUGGGAAUAGGCGGGGCGGUCGGCAUCGUCUACAUAUUCGGCUCCAACUCGGUGGACGAACAAGGACACAUAAUUCCAGAUGAGUUCGACAGAGACCCUCCAGUUGUGCAGCAGCUGAAAAGAACCUUCAAGUACUUUCAGGACUACAGACAGAUGAUCAUCGAGCCAACAAGCCCGAAGCUGCUGCCCGACCCUCUGAAGGAGCCGUACUACCAACCUCCGUACACUCUGGUGCUGGAGCUCACCGACGUGCUGCUGCACCCGGAGUGGUCGCUGGCGACAGGUUGGCGGUUUAAGAAGCGUCCGGGCAUCGACUACCUCUUCCAGCAGCUGGCGCCGCUUUACGAGAUCGUCAUCUUCACGGCAGAGACCGGCAUGACAGCGUAUCCUCUCAUUGACAGCAUCGAUCCUCAGGGUUUCGUGAUGUAUCGUCUCUUCAGAGAUGCAACACACUACAUGGAGGGACAUCAUGUCAAGGACGUGUCGUGUCUGAACCGCGACACCAGCAAGGUGAUCGUGGUGGACUGCAAGCGGGAGGCGUUCAGCUUGCAGCCCUUCAACGGCAUGGCCCUGAAGAAGUGGGACGGGAACUCGGAGGACCGGACGCUCUACGACCUCGCCAGCUUCCUCAAGACCAUCGCUCUGAGCGGCGUGGACGACGUGCGCUCGGUGCUGGAGAACUACGCCCUGGAGGACGACCCCAUCGAGGCCUUCAAGCGCAGGCAGGCUCAGCUGGCGCAGGAGGAGGAGCAGCGCCUGGCCGAGCUCUCCCAGCAGAAGAAACAGGGACUCUCUCUCGGCUCCAUCGCUUCCCGGUUCUGGCGCUCCAAACAGCAGUGAGCCCCGCCCCCUCUCACACUCGCACCAAUCGCAGUCCGGCUCUCUGCCAGCGUCGAGGGGAGGGGCCGGAGGACAGGAGGCGGGGGGGUCUGCGGACUGUAGCUGGGUGCCCUCCGCUCCGUGUGUGCAGUGCUGGAAUGGAGCCAGGACAUUGGCCGUGGCGUGCACCAAUGAGAGGCGAUUAUUUUGUUUAUUUUUUUCUUGGGGGCGGGGCAUCAGUGGCGCCCCCCCGUGGUCAUCAUGGCGUCCGCUGAUGCAUCUCUGGUGUCCGAAGCUCCAGGUCCGGUUGACACUUGUGUUGGUCGGAGGCAGAUCUGAGAUCAGCACUGCUCUUGCCACGCCCGCUGUGGUCGGCGCCGCCGCUCACAGGAAGUGACAUCAGCAACGUUUGUGUUAUUCUCUGUUCCUCUGUUUCCAGACUGACUUUGUUCAAACCAUGAAUAUUGCUUCUAGAAAAAUAAAUGUACGUAACACAUCGUUUUCUGAAAGAGUUGAUUCCCUGUGUCGGCGCUCGGAGCUCCGGGCGGCGGCGGCGUGGGCGCUGCUCGUUGUCCACGUGGACCUUCUGAGACCGGAACCACAGCUGAGCCGACAGGGGAAGAACUUUUCAUUUCCACCGUUCUCCCAAACGUUUGGUUUGAUUCCUCAUGACCAGCUCAUCGGUUCCAACUGAGGACGUUGAACCAGCUCACGAAACCAGUUCCAUCUGGAUCCCACCAGUCGCUCGGGGGAGGUCGUCCCAGCAGGAAUAAUUCACAGUGAGCGUUUGGGUCGAACUUGAAAAGUUGAAUCUCCAGACGAGUGAUUCGCUCCGUAUCAGAAAUAAUCUCACAUCACAUGACCGCUCACAUCCACUGGUCAUGUGACGUAAACAGGAAACAACGCUCGUGUGUUUUUUGAACGUAGAAGCAAAUACACAACCUGCCUCACAUCACACAAUUCUCAAUGUUUAUUAACUCACACAAAGCGGUGGGCGGCGGCCUGGUGUCCCGAGUCAGGGCUGUGAUUGGUUGCACCGAGCGGUAAAACAACGCGUCUCUUUGUCAAUGUUGUUCAGUAAACCCGGGUCAUGUGACAGGAGAGGAACCAAUCAGGAGGAGACGUUUGCGUCAUUGUUUACAAAAACUAUCACAAACACAAAGCCGGAGUUUUCAAUCUUUACUCAAGUCGUCACCAUAGCAGCAGUGAGUAAUAAAACACGUGGAUGUGGGCGGGGACGUUUUCUGAUUGUCUCUGACGUGUGUCCGGAUGAACGACCAAUCAGAGAGCGGGGACUGAGCACAGCGACCAUGAGGACGGGCUCGGCUGCGGUUCUGUUUCAUGUGUUUGUUGAAGAUUCGUGAUGAAAUAAAGAAAUCAAAUCGUGA